AUGCUCGAUUGUUUCUGGGAGGUAAUCUCUGAUGAGCACGGAGUAGACCCAACAGGCUCUUACCACGGAGACUCCGACCUGCAACUAGAGCGCAUUAACGUCUACUACAGUGAGGCAAGCGGCGGAAAGUACGUACCAAGAUGUGUUUUGGUGGAUCUUGAACCCGGUACCAUGGAUAGCGUGCGUGCGGGACCCUUCGGACAGCUCUUUCGACCCGACAACUUCGUUUUCGGUCAGAGUGGUGCUGGAAACAACUGGGCCAAGGGCCACUACACUGAGGGUGCAGAACUGGUCGAGUCGGUUCUCGAUGUUAUUCGCAAAGAGUGCGAGUCCUGUGACUGUCUACAAGGCUUCCAGAUGUGCCAUAGUUUAGGCGGUGGCACAGGAUCCGGAAUGGGCACUCUCCUUAUCUCAAAGAUGAGGGAGGAAUUUCCAGAUCGCAUUAUGAACACCUUCUCCGUUAUGCCUUCUCCAAAGGUCUCAGAUACGGUGGUGGAGCCCUACAAUGCGACACUGUCGAUCCAUCAGUUGGUGGAAAAUACAGAUGAAACCUAUUGCAUUGACAACGAGGCUCUCUACGACAUCUGCUUCCGAACGCUGAAGCUGACGAACCCUACCUACGGGGAUUUGAAUCAUUUAGUGUCUGCGACCAUGUCAGGUGUCACCACAUGUUUGCGUUUUCCUGGUCAACUGAAUGCUGAUCUACGAAAGCUCGCUGUUAAUAUGGUUCCUUUCCCACGUCUGCACUUUUUCAUGCCUGGAUUUGCGCCACUGACUAGUCGUGGAAGUCAACAGUACCGUGUCCUCACGGUAGCCGAACUGACCCAACAAAUGUUUGAUGCGAAAAACAUGAUGGCGGCGUGUGAUCCCCGUCAUGGUCGCUACCUCACCGUUGCCGCUAUGUUCCGUGGCCGUAUGUCUAUGAAGGAAGUGGACGAUCAAAUGCUAAAUGCCCAGAAUAAGAACUCCUCUUACUUUGUUGAAUGGAUCCCAAAUAAUGUUAAGACUGCUGUUUGUGACAUUCCACCACGCGGACUCAAGAUGUCGGUGACCUUCGUAGGCAACACUACAGCUAUACAGGAAAUCUUCAAGCGUGUGAGUGAACAAUUCACUGUCAUGUUCAGAAGAAAGGCCUUCCUUCACUGGUACACUGGCGAAGGAAUGGACGAGAUGGAAUUCACUGAAGCAGAGUCGAAUAUGAACGAUCUUGUGAGUGAGUACCAACAGUACCAGGAGGCUGGAAUUGGAGAUGAGGAGGAAGAAGAUGAAGAUGGAGCCAUGGUUGAGGAUGUUGAUGCUUAA